CUAUUUAUAUUUAUUUGUGGACGUUAUUUGGUUCGUUUUCUUUUAGCUAGUCAAUACAGCAUUUUCAAAGCAAAAAUAAAGUUAGAUUUGUAAAUAGUUUAUUAAUUACCUCGUCAUUUUUAGAAUAAAAAUGAGUCUCUUGGGUAACACAAAACAUGCAAGCCUCCCCAUACUUCCUAUGUUCAAUAUAGUAGCGUAUGUAAACAAGUAUCACUAAAUAUUUCCGCGUUACAAAAACAUAAGUGAAGGAAAAACUUCCAUUGUUUUCAAUCGCUUAUCUCCCCUGGACAAGUAUCCUGCUCUUCGAUGUUGUAAUGAAGGCAGGGCUAGAUGUGACACACAUUGCUUCCCUCUCAAAAGCAGUGACUUCACUUCCCAAAUUUUGGAGGAAAAAAAAUAGUCCCGUUAACCGUCUUUCUCUCCGCUACAUAUCGGGGGCUGGAAUUAAUUCUGCGGCGUGACAUGUUUGGAAUGUUGUUCGAGUACAGUGAAAGUUUCCCAGAAUGGACGGAACCGUUAAGGAGGCGCUGUCAGUGGUGAGUGAGGACCAGUCUCUUUUCGAGCCUCCAUAUGCUGCACCGGCGCCCCUCCCCAAGACGGACAUGACACCCCCGGGACCACCGGACUACGGGCAGCCCCACAAAAUCAGCCCCUUACCCUCCCAGCAGGACUGGCUCAGUCACCCGCUACGCGUGAAGCGCGAGUACAACCACGUCAACGGAGCAGGAUCCAGGGGGUCCCCGGUGGACUGCAGUGUGGGAAAGUGCUCCAAGCCGGUCUGCGGGACAGAGGGGUCCCAGAUGGGCUACGGGGGCUACAUGGACGAGAAAAACGCACCGCCCCCUAAUAUGACCACCAAUGAGAGAAGAGUUAUCGUCCCGGCAGACCCAUCCCUGUGGACCCAGGACCACGUUCGGCAGUGGCUGGAAUGGGCCAUCAAAGAGUACGGGCUGCUGGAGGUGGACCCGUCCUCCUUCCAGAACCUGGACGGCAAAGAGCUCUGCAAGAUGAGCAAGGAGGACUUUCUGAGACUCACCUCCAUGUACAACGCAGACGUCCUUCUGUCGCAUCUCAAUUACCUCAGGGAAAGUAGUUCAACGUUAUCAUACAGCGCUCCAUCUCACACAGAGCAGUCUCCUCGCCUGCCAGCCAAAGAAGAACCCUCGUAUGACGCUGCUCACCGGUCGGGGUGGUCGAGCGGCACGGUCGCUGGAAAAGGCUCCCUGGCAGUCCCGCAGAACGUUCCCAAAUCCACAGAGCCGCAGAGGCCCCAGCCAGAUCCUUACCAGGUCCUGGGUCCCACCAGCAGCCGCUUGGCCAACCCUGGCUCAGGGCAGAUCCAGCUGUGGCAGUUCCUGCUGGAGCUGCUCUCCGACAGCGCUAACUCGGGCUGCAUCACGUGGGAGGGCACGAGCGGGGAGUUCAAGAUGACGGACCCGGACGAGGUGGCGCGGCGCUGGGGCGAACGCAAGAGCAAGCCCAACAUGAACUAUGACAAGCUGAGCCGCGCCCUGCGCUACUACUAUGACAAGAACAUCAUGACCAAGGUUCACGGCAAGCGCUACGCCUACAAAUUCGACUUCCACGGCAUCGCCCAGGCCCUGCAGCCCCACCCGGCCGACUCGUCCGUCUACAAGUACACCCCGGACCUGCCCUACGCGCCCCCCUACCACGGCCCCCACCCGCAGAAGGUCAACUUCGUCUCCUCCCACCCCUCCCCCGUGCCCGUGGGGUCCCCCGGCUUCUUCGGGCCCGCCCCGCCCUACUGGAACUCUCCGUCGGCGGGGAUGUACCCCAACCCCGGCCUCCCCCGCCACCCCAACACCCACGCGCCGUCGCAUCUCGGAAGCUAUUACUGAAACCGCGCCGAACGACCCACACCCGCGAAGAGGAACGCUUAGGACCCCCUCAAUGGAUUCCAUAACAAAGAGAUUUUUUUUUCAUCCGUGGAGUAUUAAUGGAGUGCUACGUAUUUCCCUGUUUGUCUUCCCUCUGCCGCCGUCUGUGGUUUACAAACUUCAGCUUCCUAUAACAGCUUUUACUCGCCACGGCUUCUCUGCAGGCGGGCGCCAGCGCCGCGGUGCAUUGUGGGACUUGUGUGAAACGCGAGGCCUUCGGCUUCCUCUCAGACAAAGGCCCGAGACCUCGUUGAUCAUCACCAACGCUGCCUUAUCACUACAUUUUCUGGGGUUCAUAGUCUGGCAGUAGGUGUGUUUUUUUCCCACGUGUUUCUUUUGUAUUUCCCAUAUCCUUUUGCUUCGUGUUUCGGAAUCCAUCUGCUCCUGUCUUUAUUUUGUUUGGAACGUAUUCCGAAAUCAUCCUGCUCAGGUCUGGAUGUUGGAAACGUCAAAAUCUUGGAAUUAUGGAAAAAGGAGGAAACAAAAGGGCUUCUCUCUGUUUUGGGGUUUUUUCUGUUUGUUUUUUGGAUGAUAUCACUCGUACGGGAUUUGUAAAAUGCCAAGUAUCCAGGUGUUCUGCUGGAACAGACCGGAAUCGGCGUGACUGCGUCAUCGUCUCGAGGCGUCUCCUCUCCAUCUUCGCCGGGAGCCUCCUGUCAUGGCGUCCGAUCACGUUCAGUCCUCCUGCAGUCAGGCCUGCAGAGAUCCCUCCUUCAUGUCCACGGGAAAUCCCUCUUCUAGUGUAUGCAUCCAAACAGGGGGUUUGCCAGGUUUCAGCCACGCCCCUAGUACGUGAAUCUCACACUAUCAUAUUAUAUUCUGACGUGUUUUGUUGACUUGCGAAGCAAUCUGGAGAGCUUCAGAUCACAGCGGACAUAACGAUUGUGACUUUUAUUAGUGUCACUUAGACCAAGAACUACAGUUUAGGUAUCAGGAAAUGCCAGUAAAGAGAAAUAAAUAAAAGGUUAAUAAGGGAAGCGCAAGUCGUCCUUCGAUUCACGAGUGCUGUGCAUUCGUCAGACCUAUUUUCUUGUUUUGUUUUGUUUUGUUUCGUUUUUUAUAAUAAACAUUGGUCAGCUAAGCAUAAAAGGAACUUAGUGUGUAAAUUAUGCAGAUUUAUUUUCAUAUGUGACAGUAUAAAAUAAGAAAUCCAGAGAUUAAUACGAGUUGACCUCGGUCACAAAUGCAAUCGUUUUGUAACUAUCAAGAAGGAGAAAAUGAUCUGUUUGCGAUGUGUAAUAUGUACAAUGUUUUUUUAUUGUCUGUGUUUUGUACAUUUGGACAACUGUUUCUUCAGAAUGUUAUACUGUAAACAGGUCUUAAAUUUUCAGUGCCUUGCCAUGACAACCAAAUAUAUAAUUCCGGCUGCCUUUUAUUGUACUUUUUUAUGGAAACAAUGCCUGUCUGUAUCAGUCGUUUCUUUGCCAUCGAGACAAUCUGUUAUUCUUUAAUAAACUCAUGGUGGCCUAUU